GAAAGCAACUCAAGUAGAACUUAAUGCACAGAUCACAUCCUGAUUAUAUCCUGAAUCUGUGACCCAUUUCAUCAAAAUGGCUACAAGAGGGCUAAACAUUGGACUUGUCAUUGUCCUAGUGACCCAAUUUUGUGCAAGAACCAUGGCACAAUCUGAUACUUCUGGCUGCACCAGUGUCAUCAUCAACCUGGCUCCAUGCCUGAAUUAUGUGUUAGGGGCCUCUCAACUCGAUCUUCUUCGUGCUGCUUGCAACUCGCCAGCAUAAUUAAAUCACAGCCUACAUGUCUUUGCUCAUUGCUUAAUGGCGAGGCUUCAUCUCUUGGUGUUACAAUCGACCAGACUCAGGCUCUGGCCCUCCCUGCUGCUUGCAAUGUGCAGGCUCCUCCUAUUAGUGAAUGCAAUGCAUCAGCUUCUCCUCGAGGUUCUCCUCAAGGGAUGCCAGGGGAUCAAACUCCAAAUAUCUCAUCAGUUAUUGGAUCCAAAAUAGCCCCAUCAACUGGAGGAAGCUCAGUUAGGGUCAAUGUCAACUCAUACUUUCAGCUCGUCCUUAUUUUCCUAUGCUGUAACCUCUGGAAAAUUCUAAUGAUGCCUAUGUGCUUGUACUGUUGCCAUAUAAGAUCUUAUAAUGUAGAUGAACUGGCGUGUUGGUCCAGCAUUAUGUAAUCUGUUUUAUUAAGUUUUUAUGGUUUGCUUAAUAUAUAUGUAUGAGUGAUUUCUCAAACUAUGACUAUGCUUUUCCCUCGUUAUACCUUGUAAUGUAAGACUUCUGGCUGUAUGCCAAGAGAAUAAAUCUUUGAUUUGUGU